AUGGCUACGGCCGCUGCCAGCGUUUACCCCUCCCUGGAGAAUCGUCCUCUCAAGGGCACUGUUGUCCUGUUUGAUGUUGACAAGACUUUGUCGCCUGCUCGGGGGCUCCAAUUGCAACAGAGCGCUUCUCCCGAAAUGUUGACCUUACUGUCACAACUCCGCCAUAAAUGCGCCAUUGGUUAUGUUGGCGGCUCAGACUUCUCAAAACAACAAGAACAACUCGGCUCCUCCACCGUGUCGGUCACCUCGCUAUUCGACUUCUGCUUCUCCGAAAACGGGCUCAAUGCCUUUCGUCUCGGAAAACCGCUCGCCAGUACCAGUUUCAUCCAGUGGCUUGGAGAGGAAAAAWAUCAGAAUGUGGUCAAUUUUCUGUUGAAGUACCUCUCUGAGGUUCGGUUGCCGAAGAAAAGGGGUACUUUCAUUGAGUUCCGUACUGGGAUGAUUAAUGUUAGUCCUAUUGGAAGGAAUGCUACUGUUGAGGAAAGAAACGAGUUUGAAGAAUAUGACCAGGUUCACAACAUCAGGAAAACUCUUGUAGAGGCUCUUAAGAAGGAGUUUCCUGACUACGGUUUAACAUACUCAAUCGGCGGACAGAUCUCAUUCGACGUCUUCCCCACUGGAUGGGACAAGACCUACUGUCUCCGUCACAUCGAGGCAGAGAAAGAGAUCACCGGGGUCGAGUAUAAAGAUAUCCACUUCUUUGGCGACAAAUGUUUCCCCGGCGGAAACGACUACGAGAUUUACAGCGAUCCCAGGACUAUUGGUCACUCUGUCACCGACCCCGAUGACACCAUCAAGCAAUUGAAGGAGCUGUUCCAGCUGUGA